UAGCUAACAAGAGCCUGUAGAGUUCAAUGAAUGGGGAUUCCAAGACCAGUGGGUCAUUUAUUCUCCGCCUCCCAGAAUUGCGCCGUCGAUCUGCUGGCCAGGAUUAAAACCUGACCCCUCAUUACUUGUUCCCUUGUCCGAUUGUUCUAUCGUUGUAGUUCACUGCUGUACAUUUAACACGUUCAUUAAUUCAUAUCGAUACACAUCGGACUCGCCAAACUCAUCAUACAUCUUCUCUAAACCAACGAAAGAAUUAAUUGUGACAGUACUAUACCAAUUAUUCACAACUAGUUACCAGACAGCUUAUUUACUCCCCGGCAAUAAUAGGACCUGGUUGCUCUCUACCCUAUCGAGGUAAUGCUCUAUUAUACGAGUAAUCUAUAUUGACUGAUCUAGAUAGUGCCAUGCAAGACUCCAUUCCCAAUAUCCCAAUCCAGAGGGCAUCGCCAUGCUCAUUUGUAACAACAACACACCAGAAAUCCGCUGCUACAACGUCAAAAUUGCGCGACAGCUGCCACGCCUGUGCCAUGUCGAAAGUUCGAUGUCCCAAAGAAAAGCCAACAUGUUCGCGAUGCGAAAAGCGAAAAAUACCGUGCGAAUACUUCAUCACCAAACGUCCGGGGAGGAAACGAGAGAAUGGCCAUUCUUACAAUAACGCCACCACAAUGGCCAACUUGAUUGCCGUACCCUCGUCCUCUGCAUCGUCUCUUUCAGAUGUACGAGGCACACAUGUAUCCACCAGCAGUAGCACCUCUUUGUCCCUUCCAGACUUGACACCACCAUCACCAGGAAACAAUGUCUCUAGCAGCAGCACGGAGUUUCCUUCUUAUAUCGAUGUCUUUGCAGACUUGAUGAUGCCUAUCGAUCCUUCUCUUUCCCCGCAACUAUCAAAUCACCUCAACGACCAGCUUACGACACCAAUCAACUUCGCCGAGCUUGAAUCGUCCCUAGAGUCCCACUUGUCGAACUUCACACAGGGAUCUCACGACAUCGCAGAACUUCUUACAUCUGAUGAUAUGGAUAUAGAGCCCGGUCCAACGGACUCCAGAACGUCAUCGAUUGGCUAUGCCAUUCCAUCCAAACCACCCUUUCUGAGCCUAGGCGCAAAAUUGCACCCUACGCAAAGCAGCGAGAAUUCCAACGGCGGUACAUUCGAGCCGGGAUCAACAUGCCGCUGUAUGAUUCAAGUGCUGGAGCUCAUGAGUAAACUCUUCUUGCCGGAAUCACCCAUCUCCGCUUCUUCAUCAACCAGGCCAGGCGAUGACAGGACAUUAUCAACUAGCACAGCCCAAAGCAGCAGCAAUAAUAUCUCAACUCAAACUCUGAUUGCACAAAAUAAGCAGUCCAUUGAAUCAAUAAACAACAUACUACAGUGCCAGUGCACAGAAACAGGAUAUAGGAUAACGUUGUUAUCGAUGAUUGUGUUUAAGAUUCUGGAACGAUACGCUCUGGCUGCGCGACAACAACCCCGGGAAGCAAGUUUUGAAGUGAUAGGGAGUGUAUUCAGUACUACGCUCAGCGAUAGCCGGAGAAAGUCCUCUGCUGCGAAUGAUCAAAUGGAGCCAUAUAUCGAUUACUCCAAGUCAUCAGACGACGAAAGCACCAGACGAAUGACUGCGCAGUUAAUCCUCAGCGAGCUACAUCGUGUACAAGGUUUAGUCAAUAAACUUACGCAACGACUCAAUGCGCGAGAGACACUUGGAAAGAACUCCGGAUUCGAAAGGAAUUACUCCCAGAUUAUGCCAUCUAAAGAUGGCGGUAAGGAUAUAUCGGGCUUUUCAGCGGCUACCCUGGACAAAAUGAAGACGGAUUUGCGCAAGUGUCUGGCUACAUUGUCGUCGGAGAUUAUUAAUACGUUACGACAGAGUUAAUUUAGUUUGUAUAUAAUAGGUUCAGUCAGAAUCAAACGUAGUGAAAGUUAAUUCAGAGUUAC